UGUGCUGGCGAUUCUCCUCCUCCCCCUCCGCCCCCCCCUCCUGAGCCUGUGGCCCCGCCGGAGCCAGAGGAGGAGAUUCUGGGCUCUGAUGAUGAAGAGCAGGAGGAUCCAGCCGACUACUGCAAAGGAGGUUACCAUCCCGUGAAGAUCGGCAACCUGUUUAACGGCAGAUACCAUGUCAUCCGCAAGCUGGGCUGGGGUCACUUCUCCACCGUCUGGCUGUGCUGGGAUAUUCAAGCGAAGCGUUUUGUUGCGAUGAAGGUCGUAAAGAGUGCACAGCACUACACAGAGACGGCACUGGAUGAAAUUAAAUUACUCAGAUGUGUGCGUGAGACUGAUCCUGAUGAUCCUAAUAAGGACAUGGUUGUUCAACUCAUAGACGACUUCAAGAUCUCAGGGGUGAACGGGAUUCACGUGUGCAUGGUGUUUGAAGUUCUUGGUCAUCAUUUGCUCAAGUGGAUCAUCAAGUCAAAUUAUCAGGGUUUGCCGUUACCCUGCGUCAAGAGCAUCAUUAGACAGGUUCUGCAGGGCCUCGAUUACCUUCACAGUAAGUGUAAGAUCAUCCACACGGACAUCAAACCGGAGAACAUCCUCAUGUGUGUGGACGAGGCUUUCGUGCGCAGGAUGGCGGUGGAGGCCACCGAGUGGCAGAAAGCCGGAGCACCGCCGCCGUCUGGAUCCGCUAUCAGCACGGCUCCUCAACUCAAACAGGUGGGGAAGAUAUCCAGAAAUAAAAAGAAGAAGCUGAAGAAGAAGCAGAAGCGGCAGGCAGAGCUGCUGGAGAGACGCAUGCUGGAGAUCGAAGCUCUGGAGCGAGAGGUGGAGAAGCAGAGAGCCGGCGGAGCGUCGGAUGCCGCACACGGUCCCAGUCUGGCUCUGGCGGACAGCGAGGAAGAUGAAGAGGAUGAUGAGGAUGCAGAUGAGGACGAGGAGGCCGAGGGAAAGAAGGAGCGGCCAGUCAGACUCACCAACCACACAUGUGCGGAGCCUGAUCAGGAUCAGCAGGAAAUAGAGGAGAACAAGGAAGGCUGUGACGUCCUUCCCACCGCCGACUGUCCCACUCCCACUGAAGAAGAGUCACAUGCGUGCGCACACUCUCCACCUGAGCGACAGGACGCUCCUGAGAACGAGUGUGAAAACUCAAAAGAACAGGAAGAGCAGGAUGGAAAUGAAGACGUGAGAGAGGAAGAGGACGAUAAAGAGGAGGAAGAGGAGACGGAAGCGACACCCUCACAGAGCACCGAGGACGAGCCGAAGACACACGAGUGUCCGAACGAGGAAGAAGCAGAUCCACCGAAAGUGACAAUAGAGAGACAAGAAGAUGAGGAGGAGGAGGAGGAGGAUGAAUACGAAGAUGAAGAAUAUGAUGAGGAGGAGGAGGAGGAGGAGGCAGAUGAUGAAGGCCAGGAACAUUCCAGGAAGGACCACAAUGACGCCUCUAAAACGAACGGUCACGUGAUCAUGUGUGCGCAGGAGCGUCUGUCGCCCAGCGUGCCGCUGUCCUCGCCUCUCCUCUGCCCUCUGGUGGAGUCGGAGAUCAGCACGACUGACCGCGAUGCUUCCGAUGCCUCGUACGAGCUUCACAAUGGAGAAACCGGACUGACGAACGGAGCACGGCACCGUGGCACCAUGCCACGCUUCCCCGAGCUUCCUCUGGAUCCCAAACCGGACGACUGUGAGCACGACGAGGCCCAGGCGCUCAGCGGCAACACUGACCGCAGCCGAACAGUGUCGUCAUCCAGCACUGGAGACACGCCGAAAGCGAGGGUCAGUGCGGCUGAUCUGCUGGUGAAUCCUCUGGAUCCGAGGAAUGCAGACGUUCUGAGAGUCAAAAUCGCUGAUCUGGGCAAUGCAUGCUGGGUGCACAAACACUUUACGGAGGACAUCCAGACGCGGCAGUACCGCUCCAUCGAGGUGCUGAUCGGAGCGGGAUACAGCACACCCGCUGAUAUAUGGAGCACGGCCUGCAUGGCGUUUGAGUUGGCCACUGGUGACUAUCUGUUUGAGCCGCACUCUGGUGAAGACUACUCUCGUGAUGAAGAUCAUAUAGCUCACAUCAUAGAGCUUCUUGGCUGCAUUCCUCGACACUUUGCUCUUUCUGGAAAAUAUUCCCGGGAAUUCUUCAACCGGAGAGACCACAUCGCUCUGAUUAUGGAGUUACUGGGAAAAAUCCCCCGCAAGAUCAUCGCAGCCAGAAAAUACAGCUGUGAGUUCUUCUCAAAGAAAGGUGAGCUGAGGCACAUCACCAAGCUCAAGCCCUGGUCUCUGUUUGACGUGCUGGUGGAGAAAUACGGCUGGUCAGCUGAGGACGCCGGUCACUUCACACACUUCCUGCUGCCCAUGCUGGAGUUGGUGCCGGAGAAACGGGCCUCCGCCUCAGAAUGCCUCAACCACCCCUGGCUGAACUCGUAGCACUUUGGUCCCUCAGACUCAUCAACCCCUGCGGCCCGGUCCUGAACUGCAGCCGCCGUCAUCAGAGAGAAAGAACCAGAGAGAGGAGGCUGUCAGGGGCGCGGGUGGCUUCAGCGCACACACACACACGGGAGAAAGGAGAUGUCUUCAUCUCUCAUCUGAGAGACGAAGCUUCAUUCACCGUCUUCCUCAACAGAACUGACACAUUUUACAGGCUGAAAACAGAACAUGAGAUUGUUUCACAUUAUGCCUUCAGCCAAACUCUCGUGAAUGCACUAGUAAAACAAGCAUUUAUAAGCUCACACAGAGAUUAAUAUAUUAUGUCUAUGGUAUACUGAUUCGUCUCGAUGACUGCGAAUAUCACUGACGCAGCUUGUGUGUUUUGUGUGAGCAACACGAACUGCUAGUUGAUGUUUCUGUCAAGAAGCCCACCUGAAUCCCUGAAGCCCCGCCUCUUUCACCCCACCAUCCAAUCAGGUUGUGCAACGGAGCUGUUUACAACCCUCAUCUCUCUCUCUCUCUCUCUUACACACACACACUGCCCUGGGAAAUAUGAAUCUAGAAGACAAAGAGACGUGGAGAGCAAACGGAUGGUCGCGCCGUUGGCUGUUCCCCGUCUGGUUUAAUGUUUUUAUUUGAAGCUUCGAUUCUCGAUUCCGACGACAACAUUCCUGAUUCUCCAGCGGUGCGACGCGCUCGCUUACUCCUUCUCUGCACUUUCUCCGGCAGGACGGGCGUCUCGCUCCGGGGCUUUAGUUUAAUGAGGCUGCACUUGUGUUCGUACUUUUUGUUCAGGGAAACUUACCGAUGUACAGAGAUCCAGCAAACUGUCCAAAACCUCGCAACUGCUUGAGCGCAAGAUAAACAUACUGCUGUUAGGAGACGGUUGUCAUGGAGACGUGCUGCAGCUGUUUCUGGCCUCAUGCUGCUCGAAAUACAUCAUCAUCAUCAUAACCCUAACCCUAACACAGUUAGUCCAGUUGCCUAUUUUCGCAAUAAAAGUAGAUGGUGAAAUAUUUUUAAAAAUAUUUAAAUUCAUUUAAAAA